UGCACAUCACAUCACCCUGAAGAUGCCCAGUUGGUGCGCUUUCUUCCUUCUUUGGUGCAUAAUGAGCUGCGUGGAAUCUGCUCCUUCAUCGCCAUUUGUCCAGAAAAAUAAAUACAAGAACUCAUUUCGUCUCACAAGAUCCACGCGAACCAGGGUGCAGAACCUUCUGAAGAAAUAUAAGGAGCAGCAGAUGGGAAACGUACAUUUCGAGGACCGAAGCCACCGCUUGAGAGAUCUGCCUUUGCUUUCCACUGACUUCAGCAACUGGCUUCAGCUGUCGGACUGGGACCGUCUAGACGGCGCGUUCAGAGACAUCCAGUCCUACUGGAGCAUGCUGGAGAGGAAAAGGAAGCAGCUGGAGAAGGAGCUGAACACACAAAGGACGGCAGCCAGUUUGCUUCAGAGCAUCAAACACAUUCAGCUGGAUUUACGGGACCUGAUGAGCCAAGUCAGCAGUCAGAUGAGAGUUGUAAGGAGUUCCUGGGUCAGACCGACGCCUGCUGCAACGCUCCAGAACCGACUGAGGAGCUCCAGAACCGUGUGGGAAAGCACAGUGGAGGGCUACAUCAUUCUCAGGGACUUAAACCUUUACCUCACCAAACUAGCAAGGGACUUUCUUCUGCUGGCCUCCAAGACACACUUGUGACACAAAAGACUGCUUAGACAGAAGACUUAGGACAAAAACUGAACCAUCAGCCCACAGCUAUGGGAUUAACAGCUGUAUAACGUUAAUCUAAACAUUGGAUUACUUUUUUUUCAAUGAUGUACUUCUGAAUAUCCCAGGGCUUUUUGGGGGUAUUUCCCAAAGUUUCUAUCUGUCCUCUAAUUGGAUGUUAGACACAUGUCUCCAACAGACGUCCCAACAUCCUGUUUUUCCGCCGCCUCAGUCUUCAGGACUUUCCAAAGAAGUAUUUGCUAUUUAUUAUUAUUAUAAUAUUUAUUAAUAUGCUAUUUAUUUUUAAAGUGGUUUAUUUGAACAUUUCAUGAGUAGAGAAACAGAGUUUUACAGAACGUAUUUUGUACUGAACAGUGUUGCUGAAGGGUUUCAAUAAAUGUACUGAGAAAAACAGUGAAGACUUCAUGUUUCUAACACUUAAAUAGUUAAUAGUAGUUGCUGUAAGUCAAUGUAUAACAUAAGACAUGUUUCAUACUUUCAGGCAGCUCCAAACCAACAGCUAUGAAAGGUUUGGAGUCAUAGUCCUUCAGUCUUGGUUAUAAUGUCCGAUCUGACAUUUGAGUAAAGGGUCAUUUCACUACUUUAAAAAAA